AAUAGUACGCUAAAAGAUUCAAAACUAACAACAUCAAAAUUCCAAAUUGAAACUCGGUUCGGUGAUCUUUGACCUGUGACCCUUCACCCGGUGACCAUGUUGGUGGCCACCUUGCAUCCCGGUUUCGUGCCAGAGGGCGUGCCGCCAUUAUUGGACUGGAAAGAAUCCUCAAAUCUGGGAAACUGCGAUAAGGAGUGCCUCCUUUGGGUCCUGGCCAUGUCCAUCGUUACCGAGCUGAUUCUGAUGAUCCUCGUGGGAUACGCUGUCUUGGAACCAUGUUCAUUGCGAACCAGGGAGUUCAAUGAUUGUCAGCGAAAGGCAUUCGCUAGUUUCAUCUACCGAAGAUUGCUCCAUCAGCUGGAUCAGGCUCUAUGCCAGCAGGUGAGAAUUCCCGAAGAGGAGCCCCUGGACUCCUGCUUGAGGUCUAGUGAAAAGAUAAUCCUGGCAAUUCAACUUUUCCGGCGAGAUGCUCUUAAGGUCCUUCAACCAGGACAGGAUAUUUCAUCAAUGUUUUCCAGUGACUUGUAUUAUGUGCUGGACGAAGAGGAACAUGAACUGGCUAGCAGUGGCUAUGGAUGCUCCCACACUAAGGUCGAGGUCACCGAAGAGCUAUUGAUGUAUCUGAUAUACCCAGAAAGAAGUAACAAAGGGUCUUGAAUCCUGCCAUUCUUGGUACUUCAGCAAGGACAUCUUUUACUUCAUCAAGAUGAGACGCCCGCGAAACGAAUAUUUUAUUUUUGAUCUGUAUUUUUUUUAUAACAACCUGUCCAUAAAGUGUACUUCUGUAAAACCCA